AUGAUACCUUCAUGUUUGAUAUGUAAAGAUGAGCAAAAACAAGAUGAUCAAGUCGAUCCAGAUGAGCUAAAUGUUGCUCCGAUACUUGAGUAUCAUAAAUCAACGGGAGUUGAUAAUCUUGAUGAGAUUGAAAAUGAAGUAUUAGUGAUCAACUCAACGGCAUGGGUCCAAAAACCAAUUGAUUUGAAAAAUUGGAAAGAAGCGGUUGCAAAAUUUGCUGAUACAUAUCAAACAUUUGGGUUUGAUCGAGCAAGAAAUCAUUUAAACUCACUCAAGUUAAACAGCGAUGCGUAUAGCGUAGAAAAGGAGGCAAAUAAACAAAAUGCUUUGAAGAAAUGGCGUCGUUUACCAAUCAUACGCAUUCGAAUUCAUAAAAUUGAGCAAGAAAUCUUUGAUACAAAAUAUUUUGGAAAAAAUUUUAAAGCAUUUCGGCACAUUGAUAAGAUCAGAAACUUGAUUAAUGAGGCAGCCAAAAUAUUAAACGAAGUGUACAAUUAUUAUCACCAUAUGGAUAACGAAAUUAAGGAAAGCAAUGUUAAAAUAGCUUAUAUCGAAGAAAAAUUGAACGCGAGAUUUGAAGGAGAAAUCGAGCACCAACGUCCCAGAUGUUUCUGGCAGGAACGUCGCUUUCCAUUUCUUGUACAUGAAAUGCUAGAACAAAUAUUCGAGCAACAAGCAACUAAAUCUUAUUUAAUUGUCUGCUGGUCUUAA